CCCAACCUUUAUGCCGCUGACCUGAGAGCCAUGUUCCGCCGGACGCCGUCCACCGCCGAGCAAACCCACGCAGCAGUUGGCCAGCUUGUGGACGGCGCGAUGGUAUUGCCCGAGCUGCUGGACAUCGAGCCCCAGAAAGGAUUGGUCGCUGUGAUGGAGCAUGUCCAGAAAUGCGUACCUGCUGCCGCAGCUGCGACGAGGGUGCUGGCAAGGAAGGCGCACGAGGCCGAGCUGGUGGCUGAGGAGCUGGAGGAAGUUGCCACGGCGCUGCACGAGCACUCGGAGGCGGGCGCCCCUGCUGUGGCGCGCAUGAAGCAGCGGCUUGACCAGGCACUACAGGCGCUGCAGGCACGACCUGGCGCAGCGGGGGCAGCGCCGGGCAGCAUGGAUCCCGCGGCUCCUGCUGUCGCUGCUGCGGCCCCGGACCCGGCGGCACAUGCCGAUGCGUCAUCGCCGGCACCCACACCGGCUCCAAGGCCGGUGUCCCAAGCACCCGGAGGGCUCGUGACGCCGUGCGGAUGAGUGUUGUCUGCUGAGCUUAUUAAGAUACACACGUACACACACGCACCAUGUCUGAGGAUCGCCCGAGAAGCCACAAACGCGCUGCCUCCGACCAAAGCCGCGCUUCAUGACGCGAGGGCGAAAUGCAAGUCUACAAUACUACGGUGGCGCCCACCUGCAUGGAUGGUGACGGGUGACGGGGAUGGGCGGGAAUGAGGAGCCCGCAGGCAGGACUUUGCGGCUAGUUGCAAAAGUAGCUGGCAGUCGUGCCGACCGGACUGGGCCAGGCUGCCAUGCGGCACCUGGCCUGGCUGCCUGCCUCAUGGCUGCUGGUCUGUUGCAACUGGUCACUACUUCGGCCCUCUUGUUUUGCGCAUACGGUGCCACGUGUCAUGCGGGGUGCUGCUGUCCUGACAGUCCGGUGCGUGUCACCCUGAGCGCACACAGCAGCGUGUGUUGCCUGGUUCCUUGCUGCUCUCACGCCCGCGGUGUGCUGGUAGCUGUUGGCAGGUUGGCUGGUGGCGAUGCAGGCGUCCCGAGCGCUGGUGCCCAUGCACUGUGAAGUGAGGCGCGGAAAGCUGUGGCUGGCAGCAGUGGCAACAGCCGGAGUCCGUGGGCUUGUGGUGGUGGUUGCAAGGCUGUGUUCUUGCUGCCACGCACAGGCGUUGAGGCCGUUGGGACUUGUCGGGCAUGGCAGGUGCUUGUGACGUUACGGAGCUGGAUUGGGCCCGUGCAGGAAGGGAAGCUAAGAAGGUGGAUCAGGGGUGAGGUGGAUUGAUGGAUGCUGCCAUGCUGGUGGCCUGCACGCCUGCACGGCCUUGGAAGCAUGUGAUGGACGAACAUGUAGAUUCUUGGGUGGGCGGUGGCGCUGUGUGGAGUUCUGCCCGAGCCGCAUGAACAUGUCAGGUGCAUGUUGCCACGUACGCACCAGUACACACUAGUUUGUCAGCACAUUGCCUUGUUAUCGGCGAUGCUUUUAAUGGUAACAAUUGCCUCAU